CAGGCGCGCAUCAUUCUUCAGAAUAAAGGAUACGUCAGAAUUGUGCAGUCGAGACGACAACUUCUGUGUCCGUAUUACUACUGAUUAAGUCUGAGGCCAGUAACAUCAACAGUGAGGACAAACCCAACCUGCCUCUCUCCUUCCACACUGAGUAGAAACCUACAGUCACUGGGUCCAGAUUGUGACAGCGGAGCCCAGUUUGCACUGCAGGAUCCAGAGAUGGCAUCAGUGAAGCUGGAAGACUGCAGUCAAACACUGGAGCUGAAUGUCAUCAUUAAAGAUGAAGAAGAGGAGGAGGAGAUUGGAAUAUCUGUUUCUCAUGUCAUUGGCAGCAGAGAAGUGGAAGAACAUGUGGCCAAAUGAGGACUUGGCUUUGGGGAUGACCAGUGAAAUAUACCUGCUGGAUCGCUUGCUACGGGUAUGAGGCCGGUAACAUCAACACUGAGGACAAACCCAGCCUGCCUCUCUCCUUCCAAACUGAGUCCAAACCUACAGUCACUGGGUCCUGAUUGUGACAGUGGAGCCCAGUUUGUACUGCAGGAUCCAGAGAUGGCAUCAGUGAAGCUGGAAGACUGCAGUCAAACACUGGAGCUGAAUGUCAACAUUAAAGAUGAAGAAGAGGAGGAGGAGAUUGGGAAAUCUGUUAAUCAUGGAGACCAUGUUGAGACAUUCUCUACAUCCAGAGAGCAACAGCAGAAAGAUCACAGAGCUAAGAGGUCUCACCCCUGCCCACAUUGUGAGGAAAUAUUCCCAUUUCUAUCAAAGCUAAAAGUACACCUAAAAAUACACAGAGGAGAGAAUCAAUAUUCCUAUACUGACGGUGGGAAGAAUUUCACAACAUCCAAGACUGUGACAGUUCAUCAGAGAGUGCAUACAGGAGAGAAGCUGUUCUCCUGCUCUGACUGUGUAAAAUGCUUCACAACAUCAGCUAGACUAAAAGUUCAUCAGAGAACACACACAGGAGAGAAGCCUUACUCCUGCUCUGACUGUGCGGCGAGUUUCUCUCUACUGUGCAACUUAAAACGUCAUGAACGUAUACACACAGGAGAGAAGCUUUACUCCUGCUCUGACUGUGCGGCGAGUUUCUCUCUACUGUGCAACUUAAAACGACAUGAACGUAUACACACAGGAGAGAAGCCUUAUUCCUGCUCUGAUUGUGGAAACAGUUAUUCUCUACUGGGCCACUUAAAAAGACACCAACAUAUACAUACAGGAGAGAAGCCUUACUCCUGCUCUGACUGUGGAAAGAGUUUCUCUCGACUGGGCCACUUAAAAACACAUAAACAUAUACAUACAGGAGAGAAGCCUUACUCCUGCUCUGACUGUGUAAAAUGCUUCAUAACAUCAUCUGAGCUAAAAGUUCAUAAGAGAACACACACAGGAGAGAAGCCUUACUCCUGCUCUUAUUGUGUAAAAUGCUUCACAACAUCAACUAGGCUAAAAGUUCAUAAGAGAACACACACAGGAGAGAAGCCUUACAUCUGUUCUAACUGUGCGGCAAGUUUCUCUCUACUGUGCCACUUAAAACGACAUGAAAGUAUACACACAGGAGAGAAGCCUUACACCUGCUCUGACUGUGCAGCAAGUUUCUCUCUACUGUGCAACUUAAAACGACAUGAACGAAUACACACAGGAGAGAAGCCUUAUCACUGCACUGACUGUGAGAAGAGAUUCUACAGAUUGGGCCAUUUAAAAAGACACCAAUGUGUACAUAAAGGAGAGAAGCCUCAUCACCUCUCUCAGACCAGCUAAGAUUAGACACUCCACUUAAUUCUCAUCUCAUAAAAUAAUUUGCAACGUUGAAUUGGAUCAAAUGAAGAAAGUGUAGAACACUCUGUUCUAAUCCUAUUGUUUCUCACUGUGAGAGAACUGUGCAGAGGAAAGAGAGCGUUCUAGAAUGUUAGCCUCUCUUUACUUUACUGAUCAGUGUGUACCUUGUCAGUUUUGGUGUGUUUUGUUAGCUUCUACUGUAAAGAUAUUGACAUGACCUUGGAUUUGCCCUUAGGGUUGAAUAUCCUCUGUGAGGCUUCUCACAGUGGAGUCUGACGGUUAACAGGGUGGGACUGCUUCCCUCUACAGUUGUCUGUGGGAAUGAGAUAGUAGACACAACCUACACUGAGUGUACAAAACAUUAAGGACACCUGCUCUUUCCAUGACCAGCUGAACCCAGGUGAAAGUUAUGAUCCUUAAUGAUUUAGUUGUUGUGUAUUUGUUAUGGAUCUCCAUUAGCUUUCAACAAACAAACAAAACUGCCGUUGCAGUGGGCUAAGGAAUGAAAACACUGGAAAAUUGGAACCAUACUGCCUGGUCUGAUGAACCCUGGUUCCUGUUGUUUCACGCUGAUGGGAGGACUGGGGUAUGGAGGAAACCACGAGGACAUACAUCCAGUGGUGGAAAAUGUACCUAACUGUCAGACUGAGUGAAAGUAAAGAUACCUUAAUAGAAAAUGACUCAAGUAAAAGUCACCCAGUAAAAUACUACUGGAGUAAAAGUAUUUGGUUGUAAAUAUACUUAAGUAUCAAAAGUAAAAGUAUUAAUCAUUUCAAA